CUUCUCCCAGACAGACUCUGUGCACAGGGAGAGUGAAAUAUUGUAGGAAAUGUGCACGCUGUGUCCCAUCUGACCAGGUGAGACACACCUGCCCUGCCCAGAGGAUCAUGGGAAGGUGGAGGUGGAAGAAGCUUUAGUUCGGGGUUUGGAGAGAGAAGUCAAGACGCUGAUGAGCAUGAGGAGGUUUUUUCGAGCCCACAGGGAUGAAGACUACAGUCAGAUCCAGUAUCUGACGGCCAAGUGCACCCGCCUGGCUCAUGACAAAGCUCUGCUCGACAGGGAGUUCCUGCUGUCCAGAGAGAGGGAGAGGAAGCUGCAGAAUGAUCUGGAGGCUGCGAACGCUCGACUCGUCCACCAGGAGCAGCUGAACAUGGAGCUCAGAAUGAGACAGGACCAGCUCAUCAGCAGGAUCAACCAGCAACAGGACCUGGUGGACCUGCUGCAGCAGCGUGUGGUCCUGCUGGUGGAGGCGAGUGCCCGGGACGAAGAGCUCCUGCAGCAGGUCAGCUCAGAGCUGCUGUGUCUGCAGAGCUCCGAGGUGAAGCUGGAGGGCCUGGUGGAGGAGCUGCACGCUGAGGCCCAUCACAGAGAUGCACUGGCGGAGAGCCUGCAGGAGGAGCUGCACAAUAAGACGGUGGAGCUGGAGGAGCUACAAGACACCAACCGAACUUUGACAGAGAAGCUGAAGGAUUUACGUUCCGCUCAUCAGAGGGAGGUGAGGGAGCUGCAGCUGGAGAACGAGGGGAGUCUGAGGAAACUACAGGGGACAGCCGAGCAGUUUGAGUGGCUCUGUCAGCAGCAGCGCUACUGGAUGUGUUGUGUCAAGAGAUUCAAAGACUGCCUGAUGGAGGAGAGAGACGCUCUGCUGCGACAGGUCAUCAUGUUGAAAAAGAAGGCUGAGAAACUACAGAAGAGUUUACAUGAUGACAGUCCCACACAGAACGUCCUCUAUCCUCUGCAGGACACUAAGUGCUGCGACAGCAGUGUAACAUCGUGGGACACAGAUGAAAUGGCUGACCUGCAGUCUCAGCUGGAGAAGUCAAACAUGCUGUAUAAGGAGCUCUUUAACCAGGCAGGGAGCCCUAUCAACGGAUACCAAAAACCUCCUUGAGGACAGAAGCCUGGAGCCAGGGCUCGUCUUCUUUUUCUCUUCCCACCUCCUGCAAACCAGAAGAUAAAAACUACAUGUUUGUGUGUGCGGUCAGCUUUGUGGAGCACUUCCCAGCCAUUGUCGUUAAAACCAUAAAACCUUGGAUAAACGUACCUGUGAAACCAUACAUCCAUUGUUUUUCUUACACCAUUGUUCACCUGUCUUGAAAAUAAUCUGCUUAGUGAUAUAUGACUGAAUUAAAACCGUGUGCAGUGCCCUCCUUCUGCUGUGACACAUGCACAUCACAUGUGGCCAACGUUCCUAAAGUCA